UUUUCCACAGCGCCAGUUUUCAAUCGGUUGGAUAGUUUCCCGCUAGGCGGUCUCUUUGUUUACGAACGAAAACUGAGUAUCUUGUUUGACGACGAGUCGCCCAGAAAGAAAUGCAAAAUAACGAAACUCGAAAGGAAGAUCUGUUGAAGGAAUUAGCAUCUGAUUACGCCAAUUAUUUGGUCGUGGAUUCGUCUACUGAGUGGUCGAAGCUGCAAUCAGUCAUCGAAAACCUCGCUUCAAAUGUCGAUGAAUUUUCCUCGCUGUUGGAAAGCAUAAAUGUGGACACCAGCCUCUGCGUGGAUAGUUUACUUCCUCACAUUGUAGCUCAUUUCGAACAUGUAAAGAAAACGUUCCAUCAAAUUGAUAAACUCGAGUCUGCAGUCAAGGUGGUCGAAAAAAGUGUCACUGCCAUGGAGACAGAACUCAGUACUGCAGAAACCUACCUAGAAUCUGAGAGCAUGUUCAAAACAGUAUUCAAACCAUUCCUGAAACCUGCCAAUCCCACAAGUUCUGUGCCUCCAGUCUACAAGCCAGUCAACAUUUUCAAAACAGAGACUUUGUGGGAAACUGACACUGAUACUACUACAGGAUAAAACCUUAAAGUAAUUCCAAGAAUUUAUUUAUAUUAUGACACAUCAUGGUCAUAUACACAUGUUGUACACAAAUGGGGCAUUUGUGAUCGAGAUUGUUCUCUUUAUAAAUAUACAAGGUAAGGCACUGUG